AUUCAGUCAAAUCCAAAGAGUAUAAUAAGUAUAUGGAAAUCUGAAAUCUGUUCAGUCAACCAAUCAGUCAACUUCAGAAGUUGAGCCGUUGUGGUCGUGCUUAUUUGCCGGGAAAAAAAUUCUUGCUUUGUUUUAAAAUAAAAUAAUUUAAUAAAAUAUCGCUAUGGCCGGAACGGAAGUAAUAUCUAGUAGUGAGAAUAAUGAUCAAUUCUUCGAGGGUGUAGAAAAGUUGAUAGAGAUAUGGUUUACACCGGUAAAACAUGCGGAUUUAAGAAAAAUCACUCGUCAACAGUGGGAGAAUGUGCUGAAGAUUGUUCGCUGCGAAAUCAUCUCGUUCACGCAGAGCGACCAAGUCGACGCCUAUGUGCUGAGUGAGAGCAGCAUGUUCGUGUCGCGCCGCCGCUGGAUACUGAAGACGUGCGGCAAGACGACGCCGCUGCGCUGCGUGCGCGCCGUGCUGCAGCUGGCGCAGGAGGCGGCGGGACACUCGCGCGUGCACAACGUGUUCUACUCGCGCAGGGAGUUCGCGCGCCCCGCCGCGCAGCUCCAGCCGCACGACAACUUCGACUCUGAGGUGGAGCUUUUGGAUUCGUUCUUCGGGGACGGAAGGGCUUACAUAAUGGGUCCGGAAAAAGACUGCUGGUAUCUCUACACGUUGCUGCCUCUUGAAGGCACGGUGGACGCGCUGGAGAAGGAGCAAGCGGAUGACGAGGACAUCAGCUACAGCGGGCCGGAGCCCGACCAGACCAUCGAGAUCCUCAUGUCGGACCUGGACCCCGCCGUCAUGGACAUCUUCACCAGGGCCACUUCAGCCAACGCCGCCGAAGCUACCAAGGCUUCUGGCAUCGACAAGCUGAUUCCUGGCAUGGUGAUCGAUGACUACUUGUUUGAUCCGUGUGGAUACUCCAUGAACGGGGUCGCUAAAGAUGGCUGCUACAUGACGAUCCACAUAACGCCGGAGCCGGCGUGCUCGUACGUGUCGUUCGAGUCGAACGUGUCGGCCGCGAGCUACGAGGCGCUGCUGGCGCGCGUGCUGGCCGCCUUCCGCCCCGACAAGUUCCUCGUCACCGUGUUCGCCACCAAGGACUCGCCAGCGGCGGACGCUUCACGGCAGAUCAAGAAGUUCUCGUCGCAGGGCGUCUACGAGCAAAAGGACGCGCAGUUCUGCCGGUUCUCGGGCUACGACCUGCACUACGCGCUGUUCGCCAAGUUCCCCAGCUGAGGAAGCGCCCCGCCACCCCCCCUGCCCGCCCGCCCCCGCCCCGCGCCCGCCCGCCCCGCCGCAGUCGGGGCCCGCCCGCCGGCGCGCCGCCUCGCGCGCGUGCUCGCGCACUCCCUCCGCACGCCGUACGACGACUCGCCGCGACUGUCCUGCCGACUGCGCCAGACCGUGUCGCAGAGCUGCAGCAUGGCGGCUCGCGACGGGGUAUACCAUGACAGACGCGAUGUCAAACUCGAAAGCCACGACUCGGAACUUGAGAAUGACGUGACACUACACGACUGGCAAUUCCACGACGUGCCACUCGAUACACGCGAAAACAAAGAUGUGAAGGGACACGAUUUGCAGUUUGAAAAAGAAAACGUGCCAUACAGAAGAGAAGACACGAAACAUGCAAAGGCGAAUGAGACACUCGAAAAACGCAAUUCUGUUGACACAAAACAUGCAGUGACAGACGAACCGCACAGACAUGACGUCACACUGGAGAACAAUGUACCGCUUGUGAGGGAACAGAGGAAAUAUUCAGAGAGCACGAUAGAAAUGGCACGCGACAGUGUGGCUUUACUCCGUACAACGGGUCGCGAGAGCGUCGCCUUGCUGCGGCGUAUAGCGUGCGUGCUGCUGGCGUGCCGUUGCCGUGCCAACGGCGCGUGACGGGGCGAAGCGUGCCACUCGCGACCGCCUUAGGCGCUUGCGUUUCCCCGUGCCAUAACGUGCCAAUAACGUGCUAUAAUCCCCAGGCUAGUAGUUGCUGUUGAUGACGUCUUAAUCUUCUGGUUAGAAACUAUCUUUGACUGGCAAAUGUGCCAGUGUUCUACUCGUUGGCUGGUUGCUGCACGAAUGGCAUUUUAUAUUGGUGUUGCCAUUGUUGUACUAGUAAUCAUCCGUGCUAGUAGCUUUAUACUCUGCCAAUUUUUGACGAAUUUCAGUACAAUGCCAGUGUCAUGCCAGUAAUGCCAACCGAUAGUUGGCAGUACUUCCAACAUACAAAAACGCAAUGCAUACACUGAUGAUUCAUAACUGCAUUGGAAGAGGAAUUUUCCAUAUUACAAUUUGUACAUAUAGAGACUACCCUAGUUAAACACCUCGUGCAUGCCACUGGUUGGCAGGUGUCUUAGAAUGGCACGUCUCGCGUCUUGUCUCAACCGGCCCUAGCUUUCUAUGAUCAAUAGAUACAUAGUACAUUUUACUUGAAAAAAGUAGAUUUCUUAAAAAUUUAAUGCACACAUCGUAUUAAUGUCCCUUUCUUUAACACUUUGUACAUAUUAAAACAAUUACUUAAGAACCGGAAACGUUUACGCUUUUAAAAUUGUCAUUUUGUGUAAAUAUUUUGAGAAAAUUUUAAUUUUUCAAGAUCAAUCAAGGAAUUGAAAAUAUUAAUUUUCUACAUAUUUUUUUCUAUUACAUAUCUUAAGAGUAAUUAUUGGUUUUUUUAUUGGAAUCAAGAUUUUGAAAGCGUGUUCCGGCUCUUAAUAAACUUAGAAUGGACGGUAGAUCGAUAUUUACUAUCUGUUUUCAAGUUACUCACUGUGGUUUUACUAAAAUUAAUAUAAGGGUGUUUUCACACAUUUGGCAAUGGACUUCGCUGUACCAUCCAUAACGGCGAUCGAAUUUUCAUUAUAGAAACUGAAUUGAAACAAAGAAAUGUUUUUAAUUAUUUUACAUUGUUUAAUUUUUUUUUUAUUUUACACUUUAUAAAAAAUAAUUUAUACAGAAAGUUCGCUUUAGAUUGCAUUAUAAAUAUUUGGUUAGUAAUGCGUUUGAUUCAAGUUUUAAUUCAUUCAUUUAUCUUCUUUUCGAACAUGUGUGAAGACACCCUUUCACUGCUUUUUUCGAUAUGCGAUUAUAAUAAGAGUAGAAAAUGUGACAAUAUUUUUCAAUCCUCAACUUGAACCUUUGCACACUGCAUUAUUCUUAUUCAUAAAAAAAAUCGUGUGCAUAGGUCAUACACCAAGAGGGCGUGGGCAACAUACAAUAGUUAUUAAUUAUGAAAAAAAAAAACAGUUUCCAACUGUCUUUUUUUAUUGAUAAAUCUAAAUCCGACUAAAAACAGAAAUUUACAAUCAGGAGCAAAAGGGAACUGAACGAUUGAAAGUGGUAAAAUAUUAAUAUAAUAAUUUUAAAAAGAUUUGUUUUUUGUAACUUGUAACAAUAUAAUUCAAAAAGUGCUUGACAAAUUUUAAAAAUUCUUUCACCAUGAAGAUGAUAAAAGAAUUUUUAAAAUUAACCGAGUAGCAUAGGCUAUAUUUUAUCCCCGUGUUCUCACGGAAACGGAAGCUAUACAGUUGAAACCGCGGGGCGCCACUUUCAGUUUAACUAACAACCCCUCAAUAUUGCCCACACCCUCUCGGCCUACAAGCGAACUUGUACAAAUCUCGUAAAUUAAACAAAGUAUAUACGAGUAAGUAUUAGCAGGGUGUCGUUUUAUGUGAUGUAACUGAACCAUUCCAUGUUAUGCGUGAUCCCAAAGUGAUAAAAAAUAGUGUUAAAAAAUUAACUAAUUGUAGUAGUUUCGUUGUGACGUCACUAGUCUACCAAGCCAAGUAAAAUACACCUCAUAUUCAUAUAUAUGCACAAAAUCAGUGCCUACCCCCAAAUAGUACGACCAAGGAACUUUUUUUUUUACUCUUUACAAGUUAGCUCUUGAGUACAAUCUCACCUGAUGGUAAGUGAUGAUGCAAUCUAAGAUGGAAGCGGGCUAGCUUGUUAAGAGGAGGAUGAAUAUCCACACCCCUUUCGGUUUCUACACGACAUCGUACCGUAACGCUAAAUCACUUGGCGGUACCGUUGGGUGGUAACUAGCCAAGACCGAAGCCCCACCAGCCAGACCUGAAACAAUUGCGAAAUCCUCAGUCGGCCCAGCCGGGGAUCGAACCCAGGACCUCCAUCUUGUAAAUCCAUCGCGCAUACCACUGCGCCACGGAGCUCGUCCCUGUUUUAAUGUCAUGUUUUUUUUUUAGUAAAUCAAUCAUUGAAUCAAAAAAUGCCACUAAUAAAUUGUCUGGGGACUUACUCUCGACCCGCGUCAAUAUUCUUGUGCAUGCCAUUUAUUGCAUUUCGGUAAGAACAUCUACAUUUUAUACGCUUGGUCGGCUAGUAUACACCGUUACGUUUGCAAUGAAUUGACGCUCGUGUAGAAGAUAUUUAUUAUAUUGAUAUAAAAAUUCAAAAUUUUGAUUUUUAAUUUCGAUUCCUGAAAAGUAUCUAAAGUAUACAAAUAUUUUAAAAAUAAUUUAAAUAAAGAUAUAAUAUGCCUUAAAAUAUUUUCUUUUUAAUAGUUUUACCUUAAAUAAUUUCUUUAUUUGUAUUUUUGAUUAAAGUGUUUAAUUUAUUUUCUUUGUCCUUUUCUAAAUACUUUGGUAAUUAUUUCAUGUACCUUUAUAUCUAAAUAUUUGAAUUUUUAUAUCAAUGAUUGUAUAAAUAUAAAAAUUUAAAUAAUUUGGUAGUUUAGUAGAUUCUACUGUAACGCGUAGUUUACAUGUGCGUAAUGAUAUUUUUAAUUGAUGUAAAAAAACGCACAUGAAAAGAAAAUAUGUGAUAAAGUUAACGAUUUAAUUCUAUUUUUAAAAACGUAAAAAGACAAAAAUACUUAAAAUGUUGUAUUUUUAAAAAAAUAUUUUGAAAUAAAGUCUAUAUCUCACGGAGAAUGGUUGUAGAGCCUUUGCUCUACUACAUCGCAGGCAAAACUCGUCUUCGUGAGAUAAAACUUGUUGCCAAGCGACAAAAUUAAAAAAAAAACAUAUAUAAAAACUGUAGAUCAACAUAUAUAAGGAAUUUAACUUUCACUUAAAAUGUUAUACUAAUUUCUCAUCUACCAAUGAUCUAUUAACAGUAGAUUUGAAGUUGAAAUUAAAAUGUAAAGCAUAGUCUACACAUUUAUAAGUAUAACAUCAUUGAAGUGUUAUAUUAGCUAAAUAACAUUUAGUCAAAAAGUUAUAUUGUCUAGAAGUCAUCAAUGUUUUAGUAGUUAACUUUUAAAUGUACUAGAUCGUUAUUCAUUAUCAAUUUAAUUCCUGGACUAAACGUGACAUUUGAAAAAAACCGAAACUAUCUUUAAUUUGACAUAUCAGUGAGUGCACAAAAUUUACAAAGACGCAUUUAAAGAAAGCUUCGUGAAUGUUAGGACAUUUUUUUUAUAUUAAAGUAAUUGUAAUAAUUAGGAUGAUUUCGUUUUACUAAAGUGUUAUAACUCAUUCAAAUUAAAAUGGCUGAUUAUGAUAAUUACAUUAAUAUAUGUUUGUAUAGAUUAUUAUCUGAAUAUAUGAAAAUAUAAUAAAAAAAAUGUAUAGACAUUUUAGUAGCGUAGUAUGUGUUAUAUUAGUUACAUACCUUGCUAUGCAAAGGCAGGGAUUGGAAGGGGAUCCUGAACGGCAAGGAUUUUUAAAGUGCGAUUGUUUUAGCACGCGCACAAUUUUUAACAAUUUUUUCUGAACAUUUGUAUGCGAAACUUACCUGAUGAUGAUUUCCUUGAAUUCCAAUCAAGAGUAAUUUUAACUAGAUAAAUAUUAAAUGGAAACGGGCUUUUCGAACAAAUGUUGGGAAAUUUACGUAAGAAUCGUUAAUUAAAUUAAAAUAAAUAAAAUAUGUUAUAUAAAAAAAUCUCAAAUAUUACGAAAUGUUAUUUAUUAAAAUGUUACAUUACAGUGUCUGUACUAACCUUUAUGUCUUCGUAUUGGUGUAAUAUUUCCAAAUGGUUCAGCCAACUGACCCAAGAAAAUAUAAUUUGAAUGAGUUUAUACAAAUGACUAAUGUAAGUACUUUGUGGUAGGAAAAAUAGUUGUAACGCAGUUUAGCAUUCAUACAGUUCAACUAUACCGUAACAACGCAACCAAAUGUAGUGUCAUUGAAAAAAAAAUGUCAAGAGUAUUCUCUCUUCGGGUACAAAUUACAAUUAAGUAUAAAAUAUUUAAAUGUAGCCUAUUUAUUUGGCUAAUUAUUAAAAAUUAAACUUGGAAACUUACUAAAAUAUAGGCGAGUGACGUUUACGUCUUUGCCGAUGGUAUGUGUAAUUUUUUUCAUGUAAUCUGACAUUACACUAUCACAACUUACUAUAAACUGACUUUAGUAUUCUCAUUUGUUAUGUAGCUGCAUUAAAGAGUAAAAUUAAAUUUUGGUGCCAAAUACAUUCAGGGCUGAAGUCGUAAGUUAAUAAGUAGUUAUUUUAAAACUUGUCCUAUCGUAGUUCCGGAACUGUAUGUUUGUUACACGGUGGUAAAAGGUCAAUUUAUUGCGAAUGCUAGUUAUAUGAUACAUGUAUCUCAGUAUCGGAUGUCAGCGAGCGACAUCCAACAGGCAGGGGGGUGACGUGAUCGUGAGAGUUAUUCAAUUGAAUAAAAGAUUUCUUCUCAUUUAA